AUGACAGAGACACAGACACCAGUGACAGAGACACAGACACCAGAGACACAGACACCAGUAACAGAGACACAGACACCAGAGACACAGACACCAGUGACACCAAUGACAGAGACACAGACACCAGUGACAGAGACACAGACACCAGAGACACAGACACCAGUAACAGAGACACAGACACCAGAGACACAGACACCAGUGACACCAAUGACAGUGACACAGACACCAGUGACAGAGACACCAGAGACACAGACACCAGACACCAGUGACACAGACACCAGUGACACAGACACCAGUGACACAGACACCAGUGACAGAGACACAGACACCAGAGACACAGACACCAGUGACACAGACACCAGUGACACAGACACCAGUGACACCAGUGACAGAGACACAGACACCAGAGACACAGACACCAGUGACACAGACACCAGGGACACCACUGACAGAGACACCAGUGACAGAGACACAGACACCAGAGACACAGACACCAGUGACACAGACACCACUGACAGAGACACCAGUGACAGAGACACCAGUGACAGAGACACAGACACCAGAGUCACAGACACCACUGACAGAGACACCAAUGACAGAGACACAGACACCAGUGACACAGACACCAGAGACACCAAUGACAGAGACACAGACACCAGUGACACAGACACCAGUAACACAGACACCAGAGACACCAAUGACAGAGACACCAGUGACAGAGACACCAGUGACAGAGACACCAGUGACGACACCAGGGACACCACUGACAGAGACACCAGUGACACAGACACCAGACACCAGAGACAACAGACACCAGUGACACCGUGUGUCUCACCUGGUACAGACCUAACACCAUGUGUCUCUCCUGGUACAGACUGUGACGUGUUUAACCAGUGUGGCACCUGCACCACGUUUGGCGUCUGUGACGUGGUGAAGAACUACACGCUGUGGACGGUCGCAGACUUCGGCCAAGUCAGCGGCAGAGACAAGAUGAAGGCAGAGAUCUUUGCUAAUGGUCCAAUCAGCUGUGGCAUCAUGGCGACCUCGAAGCUGGACGCGUACACAGGGGGCGUGUUCUCGGAGUUCCAGAACCCCGCCUUCAUUAACCACAUCGUGUCUGUGGUUGGCUGGGGCGUGGAGAAGGGGGUGGAGUUCUGGGUUGUCAGGAACUCGUGGGGAGAGCCCUGGGGCGAGAAAGGCUGGCUCCGGAUCGUGACCAGCGCCUUCAAAGACGGGAACUACAGCCUCGCCAUCGAGCAAGACUGUAUGUACGGAGACGUCAUCGUACCCAAGACCUACCGCUGA